AUGGCUCCCGACAACAAGACUCUCACAGCGGCGUGCCACUGCCAAGGCAUCCACUUCACCAUAACGAUUCCCGCAGACGCCCUCCCCCUCAAAGUCCACAUAUGCCACUGCAGCGUCUGUCGCUACACCCAUGGCACACCAUGUAUUUUCCAUGCCCCGCUACCAGCAGGCGUAGCACCGCAAUUCAUCGCUCCGUCCAGCAUAGACAAACUGACACCCUACAACCACGCCGAGUCCCAGGGAACGCGGCAUUUCUGCAGUACCUGCGGCUGCCACAUCGGGGAUAAAUCACACGACGACGGCAACUGGGUGAUAUCUACGGCUAUCUUCACUGAGCCAAACCAGGGUCUAUGGGAGCUGCAUUCACAUGCUUUCACGAACUCCUCGCUUGAUGGAGGGCUUUCGGCGAUGUUCUCGCAUAUUGAUGGUCGCCAGCUUGAUGUCUUUAACCCGGAGACGUCAUUGGAUACUAGCAAGGCUGAAAACCGUGUCCGAGUAGACACAGUCAGAACCGAGGCUGAGGAAUUGCGCGCCGAAUGUCACUGCGGUGGCGUUUCGUUCUCUAUCUCCCGUCCUAGAAAGGAAUUUCUUGCUAGUCCUGCAAGCGAGGGGUGGGUUUUGUCAAGAGACACGAGCAAGUGGCUUGCGCUUCUUGAUCUCUGUGAUGACUGUCGCCUGGUCGAUGGGUCGAAUGUCAUAGCUUGGAUGUUCGUUCCAGUUGAUCAUAUAUCCCCUUCUCCACCAGGAGAUUUGAUUAUCGGGUCGUUGAAAAGUUACAAGUCUAGUGAAGAGUUGUACCGACCGGCCGGGGAUGGUUGA